AAUUAUUUUCAUUUCGAAGGAAAAAUAAAACUUGAAAUUUCGUUAAUGACAAUCGGAGGUAAAAGCCGAAACCAAAGCUCGAUCGGGUGAUAGUUUUUCGAAGUUUUGAAGCUUUAAAUUUAGCUACAAGCUUUGUUGCACUCAUUUCUCAACAUUAUGGAAAAGCUGAAGUCACUGGUGCCGGAGAACUUGAAGCAGAUGGUGGGUUCAACCACCGCCGAUGAUCUUCCCUCAUCCUCUUCUUUCUUAUUACGCCUUUUUCAGCAAUCGCAGCUCUUCUUCCAAAUCAUCGGGGAUUUGGCAAUGGAUCCUGAAAAUGCUCUCUGUGGUAAGAAGAAGGACGCUGCUCUGGAGUUGAAGCGCCAGGGAAACCAAUGCUUCUUGAACGGGGAUUAUACUAAUGCGUUGGUUUAUUAUUCCAAGGCUCUGCAAGUGGCUCCAAUGAAUGCUGUUGACAUGGAUAAGAAUUUGGUUGCAACCUUAUAUGUGAAUCGAGCAUCCGUUUUGCAUAAAAUGGAUCUGCAGCUGGAGUGUUUACGAGAUUGCAAUAGAGCACUUCAAAUUUCAUCAACCUAUGCAAAGGCAUGGUACAGAAGAGGUAAAGCAAAUGUUAGUAUGGACAUUUUUGAUGAUGCUAUCCGUGACUUCAAAAUUUCUAAGCAUGUGGAGGUAUCAUUCAAUGGAAAAAAGCUGAUAGACGAUGAGCUGAAGGUUGUCCAACAUCAGCAUAGUAGGUCAAAUACAGCAAAUGAACAUAGCAAAAACAAAUUGGAUGAUUUUGAUGAUCCAAUCCAAGUAAAAUUACAUGUCACCACAUCGAUUAAAGGAAGAGGAAUGGUUUCACCCACUGAGAUACCUCCAUCAUCCUUGGUUCAUGUUGAAGAACCUUAUGCCGUGGUAAUAUUGAAGCAUUGUAGAGAGACUCAUUGCCAUUACUGCUUGAAUGAACUACCAGUGGAUAAAGUACCUUGUCCAUCAUGCUCAAUUCCUCUGUACUGCUCACAACAUUGCCAGAUACAAGCUGGGGGGCGUAUGUUACAAAAUGUUCCAGAUGUUCAAGAUAUUUUUAAAAAUCUAUCUGAUGACCUCAGAAAGUAUGUUCAAGAAAUAACUCUGUGCAGUUUUUCGGAGUUAAGGACUGAAGAUGUUCCUGAACAUAAACAUGAAUGUGAUGGUGUGCAUUGGCCUGCAAUAUUGCCAUCUGAAAUAGUUUUGGCUGGGCGAAUAGUGGCAAAAUUUAUAGCGCAGAGAGGUGUCUUUACAGAUGCUUCUAACAUUGUGGAUAUGUUGAACCUUUCACACCACUUUCCGGAAAUGCACGCUGACAGCAAGCUGGAGUGUAUAAUCUAUUCCAUUAUGUUAUUAAGUUGUCUUCAGCAAUUCUUCCCUUCUAAAAUUGCAAUAAAUGGGAACACCACCUCGCAGAUUGCCAUACUUAUAUCCCAAAUUAGGACAAACUCUAUAUCUAUUGUUCGUAUGAAAUCCUUUGAUGCACCAGGGUCACCAGAUAAGGAUGAAAGUUUAUCUAGUGUGGUUCCUUUUACUUGUAAUAUGGAACAAGUCAGGGUAGGUCAAGCUAUUUAUACAACUGGAAGCUUGUUUAACCAUUCGUGCAAACCAAACAUCCAUGCAUAUUUUAAUUCACGCACCCUCUUUAUCCGGGCAACUGUGUUUAUGGCAGUGGGGUGCCCCCUAGAGUUGUCCUAUGGUCCACAGGUUGGUCAGUUGGACUGUAAAGACCGUCUUCAGUUGCUAAAGGAUGAGUACUCUUUUAAUUGUCAGUGUAGUGGUUGCUCAACUGUGCAUAUAUCCGACCUUGUGAUCAACGCAUUUUGUUGCAUUAAUCCAAAUUGUCGUGGUGUGGUCUUGGAUAGAUCCAUCUUCAGCUGUGAAAACACGAAAACCAAGGACUUUCUUACGGUCAAUGACCAAAUGAUUCUGGAGCCUUUCAUGCAGACUGACAGCUUCCUUCAUGCUGGUCCUAGCCAUUGCUUGAAAUGUGGAUCUUAUUGUGAUAUAAAAUCAUCUCGUUUGACUGUGGAUAAGGCUGGGAUUCACUUUACAAGGUUGCAGCAGGAGAUAAAUUUAAAUAGGGUGUCAGAGACUACAGUCUCGGAUGCUUUGGGAGCUCUAAUCUCACUGAAGUCGACAUUGCAUGAAUAUAAUAGGCGUAUAGCAGAAGCUGAAGACAAUCUGUCGCAGGCCUUCUCUUUGCUUGGAAAACUAGAGCUUGCAGCAGAACAUUGUAAAGCAUCAAUUCGGAUUCUUGAGAAGUUGUAUGGCGAAAAUCAUAUAGCCAUUGGCAAUGAACUCUCAAAGCUUUCUUCCAUUCUGAUAUCUGUGGGUGACCACAAUGCUGUGGACUGCAUUAAGCGAUUGAGUAAAAUUUUCAGGUGUUAUUAUGGAUCAAAUGUCAACACAAUGUUUCCGUUUUUGAACAUCUUGGAGGAAGAAACUCACAAAUUCGUCAGCACACAUCUUUAAUCACAACUUUCCAUGAAAGCCAAAACUCCACUUCUCAGCUGUUAGAAACUUAGAAGUUGUAAAACUUUGUAUUUUACAAAAUUGUUCCUUUCUUUCCCUCUAUUAUUCUGUGCAAAUGGUAGCUGGUACCUCUAUAAUUUUUUCUUUCAUUAGUGUCAUCUUCUGAGUAAUAAUUUUUGGGACAUUUGUAAAUAUAAGAAUCAAACUUAAUACAACAUAAUACAAAAGAAUUUUCAAGAUCAAGUUUUUUAAA